GCUGGGUCCUGGGGUGGCACGUGUGUCGAGGCCUAAAGUCGCGGUUGUGAGCUGAGACUUAGUCGCCCCCUCGGUUUUGAGGGUGUGGGCACCGCUCUUUUAGGGGGGUGAGCGCCGCGGGACUGCAGCAUGCCUCACAGGAAGAAAAAGCCCUUUAUAGAGAAGAAGAAAGCUGUGUCUUUUCACUUGGUUCAUCGGAGCCAACGAGAUCCUUUAGCAGCUGAUGAGACUGCACCCCAAAGGGUUCUGUUGCCCACACAAAAAGUAAAUGAUGAAGAAAGGCGGGCAGAACAAAGGAAGUUUGGAGUGUUCUUUGAUGAUGACUAUGACUAUCUGCAGCACCUGAGGGAACCAUCUGGGCCUUCAGAGCUUAUUCCCUCUAGUACUUUCAGUGCACACAACAGCAGAGAUGAGAAAGAAGAAACUUUAGUAAUUCCGAGCACUGGAAUUAAGUUGCCGUCAUCAGUGUUUGCAUCGGAGUUUGAGGAAGAUAUUGGAUUAUUAAAUAAAGCAGCUCCAGUUUCAGGGCCACGACUGGAUUUUGAUCCUGACAUUGUUGCAGCGCUUGAUGAUGAUUUUGACUUUGAUAAUCCAGAUAAUCUGCUGGAAGAUGACUUUAUUCUUCAGGCCAAUAAGCCAACAGGAGAGGAAGAGGGAAUGGAUAUACAGUGUGUAUGGAAAUCUGAGAAUGAAGAAGAUAGUGAGUGGGAAGAUGUGGAUGAUGAGAAGGGAAAAGAUAGUGAAGAUGAUGACUGUGACUCCGCAGGCCCCUUAUCAGAUGAAGAUGAUAUGUCUGCUCAUGGAAAACGUCAUGGAGCUAUCGAAAAUCACUUGUUCUGGGAUGAGGAAACGAAAAGUCGCUUCACACAGUAUUCUAUGACUUCUUCAGUCAUGAGGAGAAACGAACAGCUGACCCUACAUGAUGAGAGGUUUGAGAAGUUUUAUGAGCAAUAUGAUGAUGAUGAAAUUGGAGCUCUGGAUAAUGCUGAACUGGAAGGUUCCAUUCAAGUAGACAGCAAUCGCUUACAAGAAGUUUUAAAUGACUACUAUAAAGAAAAGGCAGAGAAUUGUGUAAAAUUGAAUACCCUUGAACCCUUUGAGGAUCAAGACCUGCCAAUGAAUGAGAUUGAUGAGUCUGAGGAAGAAGAAAUCAUUACUGUAGUUCUUGAAGAAGCCAAAGAGAAGUGGGAUUGUGAAUCCAUUUGCAGCACAUACUCUAAUUUAUACAACCAUCCACAGCUUAUCAAGUAUCAGCCAAAGCCCAAACAAAUUCAGGUAUCUUCUAAAACAGGAAUACCUCUCAAUGUCUUACCUAAGAAAGGACUCACAGCAAAACAAGCUGAGCGAAUGCAGAUGAUUAAUGACAGUGAUCUGCCUAAGGUAUCAACCCAACCGCGAUCUAAAAAUGAAAGCAAAGAAGAUAAAAAAGCAAGAAAGCAAGCUAUAAAAGAAGAGCGCAAGGAACGAAGAGUGGAGAAGAAAGCUAACAAAUUAGCAUUUAAACUGGAGAAAAAGAGACAGGAAAAAGAGCUGCUGAACUUGAAGAAAAAUGUUGAGGGUCUAAAGCUGUAGACAGUGGAACAUUUAGAGUAAGGUGCCAUUCCCUGUUAAGGGUUUCUCAUUAUAUGCAGUAAUUAACUAGAAUCUCCAGAGAGGCAAAACUGUUUGCCAUUUUUACUGGCAGAUAUUAAAGAGAAAAAUACAAUAUUUGUAUUCUUUUUAUACCAGCUAGUUACUUACCCCUACCAACCAUCUUGUAAAUAUUGUAAUAUUUUAAAGGUUAAUAUUAAAGCUUAGAUUUGCUCUGAAAUAAAUAAAUGACUUCAUGAAUGUGAAAUGUUUGGAUAAAUUAAAGGAAAAAUAGCUUCAUAACUUGAA